GAAAAUGGCGAAUUAUGAAGUGACCGUAUACACUGGCAAGCUCCGCUUUGCCGGCACUCUUGACAUGGUCUUCAUUAAACUGGUAGGAAAUGAUGGCGAAAGUAAACGCAAGCGGCUGGCAAGCUUAGUAGGGGAUUUAUCCUUCGCCCAUGGAGCCGUGUCUACCUUUACUGUGUCCUGCCCUGUCUCCAUUGGAAAGCUGAAACUGAUAGAGCUAGAGAAAAAGUCUCGCCUUAUUGACGACAAUUGGUUCCCGGAAAAGGUGGAAGUGAAAUCCCCUGAGGGAGACACCUACAACUUUCCCAUCUACUGCUGGAUCACUGAGAGCAGGGUGCACCGCUUCAGUGAGGGAGAAGAUACACCAGAAAAAGUUUCGCUGCACGAGCUGAAACAGCGAGAGAAAGACUAUUGCUGGCGUAAGCAUAUAGAGGGAAUACCCCACUGCAUGGAGGCAGAACAACUCUCUGAUCUGCCUUUGGAGGUCCAGUUCUCCUUCAUUAAGAAAGCAGAGUUUAUUUACACUGCAUUUACUGGACUGGCUGAACUGAAGCUGACAGGAUUUGCUAAUUCCAAGGAGAACUGGACUUGUAUUGAUGAUAUCAAGAGGGUGUUCACUGGCAAACGGACUGACUUAUCAGAGUAUGUCCAGGAACACUGGAAUGAGGACGCCUUUUUUGGCUACCAGUUUCUAAAUGGUGUCAACCCCAUCUUGAUCCGACGCUGUUCAGCUCUGCCUGAUAACUUUCCUGUCACUGACGACAUGGUCUUCCCCAGUGGUCAGUUCAGCUUGGCAGAUGAGAUGGAGAAAGGCAACAUAUUCCUGUGUGACUACAAGCGUUUGGAUGGAGUAACAGCAAACAUCAUUGAUGAGAAGCAGCAGUACUUGAUGGCUCCCCUCGUCCUGCUCCACAAAACACCUGAUGAUGAGCUGAUGCCAGUUGCUAUCCAGCUGAAGCAGACUCCAGCAGAAGACAACCCCAUCUUCCUUCCUACUGAUUCUGAGUACGACUGGUUGACGGCCAAGAUCUUUGUGAGAAGUGCAGAUUUCAACGAGCAUCAAGUCAAUGCUCACCUGCUGCGCACUCAUCUGCUGGCUGAAGUGUUUGCAGUGUCACUGCUGCGCAACGUGGCCUCGAUACAUCCACUGCACGAGCUCCUUGUACAUCACACCCGCUACACUCUGCAGAUCAACUUCUUAGCUCGAGCUCGUCUCAUAUCUGAGACUGGAUCUUUCACACAGUUUGCAGCCUCUGGUGGAGAGGGUAUGGUGACACUGAUGCAAAGAUCACUGUCCUCAGUGACCUACAGCUCCCUCUGCUUACCAGACGACAUUGCUGAGCGUGGGCUGGAGGACAUGCCGAACUUCUACUACAGGGAUGAUGGACUCAAGCUUUGGGAUAUCAUCCACAGGUUUGUGAAGGGAAUGCUCACCAUCUACUACAAGAAUGAUGAAGACGUCCAGCAAGACUCUACACUGCAGAGGUGGAUUUCAGACAUUUUUGAAUAUGGAUUCCUUUCUCAAGCAGGCACAGGAAUUCCACAGAGCUUUAACACUGUGGAUGAGUUGGUCAAGUUUGUCACCAUGGUGAUCUUCACUUGCACAGGACAACACUCAGCUGUGAACGGUGGACAGUAUGACUAUGGCGGCUGGAUGCCCAACACUCCCAUCUCCCUGCAACUUCCUCCACCAACCACAAAGGGGAAAACAAGCGAGGCCACUUUGAUGGACACAUUACCUAACGUGAGCACAACAGCUAAUGGAAUGGCCGUCAUGUGGCUACUCAGCCAGCAGUCCUCUGACUUUGUCCCUCUUGGCCAGUACCCAGAGGACCAUCACUGUGAGGAUAUUCCCUGCCAACUGGUGAGGGCUUUUCAAGGAGAGCUUCAAGCGUUAAGUGCAAACAUCAGCAUCAGAAACAUGAGUCUGGAGGUGCCAUACACAUACAUGGAUCCAGCUGUGGUAGAAAAUAGUGUGGCCAUUUGAAUAUCAGAAGGUGUGACCUCCUCAGCUGUUUGCCAAAUUCAGCUUCAUAUUAACAAAAGUGAGAAAGGGAAAAACUGCAUGCUCUGUUUUAACUGAUACUAUAGGUGGAAGGAAGCUACUGCAUGUGAUCAUUUUAUAGUGAUCUGUGAUUUCUGUGCAGCCUGGUUGAUUUUAAUGUGGUGAAAAUGCAGAUUUAGAUCAUACACAUAUCUUCCUGAGACCCGAACUCCCCCAAACUAUUUUCGAUCAGUAGGACCCGAUAAGUAUGAAAAACUAAACAUUGUCAAUGAUAAUACAGUCCCAAUGUCUUCAAACCAGUACUUCCUAAUUAUUAGUGUUUUAGCUUUUUACUGUUACUAAAACUGGUGCCAUAUAAAUCAUAAAUUAAUCAUAAAGAAACAACUUUUAACCAUUAAAUGUGAUCAGGUUUUGUACUUUGUCCACUUUUGGGAUCAGCUGCAGACUGACUUGGCAGAGAUGGCUGCCAUCUUGUUUUUACAUGGAUAAGUGUUUUGUGCUCUUACUGCCACUAGAUGGCACAAAAAGUGUCCACAAAUGAGGACAAUGGGUCUAAGUUAAGUAGAAUGAAGUAUAAGGUCAAGUAAACCCAAAAUGUGAUGUCCUCAUAUGAGGACUCAGGGUCUCAGGAGGAUAUGAAGGCUCCUUAGUUUGUCAAUGAAUACGCAGGGCAUCUUAUAAUAAAUUACUAGGGAAAAUGUUAUUUUGCAUUGUGAUUGUAACACUUUAGAAGUAAACUGUGCAUUUUGACUUAUUAUCAUUAUGAAGUAUAUAUAAUUGACCUACAGUGGCAUGCAAAAGUUUGGCA